AUGGAGACCUUCCCGCCAGCCCAAGAGCCCGAUGAGGGCUAUUCCGAGCAUCCCCUCAACACUUCCGCUUCGGGUAGUAUACAGGAUAAUGCCACCACCCUGGCUUUGCGAUCCUCCGCUGAACUCCCGGCCUGGAUAGCCGCACAUAUGCCUAAACUGACGGUACAAGAAAAGAAGCGUCUCGCCAUGCUUAUACUAAAUGAACUCCCCACCACAGACAUCGCGGAUAUCGUCAUGACUCAACUCAACCCGCGUCUUUACAUUAACUUUGUACAUUACUUACCCCCUGAGAUCUGCCUUAAAGUCCUAGGGUAUUUAGACGCAGAGUCAUUAAUCCAUGUUGCUCUAUGUUGCCGAGGAUGGUACGAUUUAGCUUCAGAUCGAAAACUAUGGGAGAAGUUGUACUAUCUGGAAGGCUGGAAAGCGAUUAAGGCUGAGAUUACACUUGCCGAGGAGCGAAUGAAUGAGAACUCUACCGCCUCUCAGAUGCACCCUCAGAGGAUCAGAUCAGCCGAAGGUGGCCAUACCACGAAGAAAAGAGCCAUAUCCGAUCCGGUAGUUAAAGAGGAAGAUCAGGAUGCAGACGACUACGAAAUGAUCGAUGCCGAUAGCGCCAUGGCUCAGGAUCAUACUGAUACGCACAUGUCAGGCACCAGUCUUUUCGGUGGGCCGCAAGGAGGGGGAAAUAGUUCCUCUCAAAGUAACAAAAAGCUGCGUGGCCUUGGACGCAUCAUGAAGUCACCGAGCCCCAUGUCACAUUCAAAAGAUAGAGCAGGCUCACGGUUCGAUAAAGGCAAAGGGAAGGCUAUAGCCGAGACACCAUCCACCGCGUCUUCACCAGCUGAAUCGGGCAAUGCCCAGUCAACAAUACCUCAAUCAACGCUCUGGAUAUAUGACUGGCGAGACAAGCGAUACAAGAUUAGUUGGAAGUAUCUGUACAGCAUGCGGCGGAAAUUGGAGAGUAACUGGGAGCGCGGCCGUUACGCCAAUUUCCAACUACCACACCCAGAUCACCCCGAGGAAGGGCAUAAGGAGUGCAUUUAUAGCCUUCAGUAUAAUUCGGAAUAUCUCGUCAGUGGCAGCAGGGACCGUACUCUUCGUAUAUGGAACCUUCACACCAGACGCUUAGUGCGCCCGCCCUUAGCUGGACAUAAUGGUUCAGUCUUGUGCCUUCAGUUUGAUUCGGAUCCUGAAGAAGACCUCAUUGUCUCUGGGAGCAGUGAUUCAGACGUCAUACUGUGGAGAUUCUCAACAGGUGAAAUUUUACAACGUCUGAAGAGGGCGCAUAGAGAGUCUGUGUUAAACGUCAAGUUUGACAAGCGGAUAUUAGUAACUUGCUCCAAGGAUAAAACGAUCAAGAUUUUUAACCGCCAACCCCUGAGGCCUGGUGACCUCGGCUAUAAUGAAUCGGCUGUGAGCCCGGUUCCAGUGAAGCUCCAGAACUAUGGUUAUGACGACUCGCCUUUGAAUCAAUUGGCCAUCACACCGCCCUAUACCAUGAUUGCUUGUUUAGAAGGCCACGGCGCAGCUGUCAACGCUGUUCAGAUAUGUGAUAGGGAAAUUGUGUCCGCCAGUGGCGAUCGGAAUAUUAAGCUGUGGGACUGGCCGAAGCAGGUCGUGAAACGCACAUUCGUUGGACAUGGAAAAGGCAUUGCGUGUGUCCAGUAUGAUGGCCGGCGAAUCGUGAGCGGUAGCAGUGACAACGAGGUCAAGGUUUUCGAUUGUGAAUCCGGUCUCGAGGUCGCCAGUCUACGUGCGCACACUAACUUGGUGCGAACAGUCCAGGCUGGUUUCGGUGACCUACCUUAUAGUCGGGAAGAGGACCAGCUGGAAGCGAGAGCCGUUGACCAGGCGUAUUUCAGGGCUCUCAAUUCAGGUUCCCUCGAUGACGCACGGCCCAGCAGGCGACGCGCUUACAAUCCCGGUAGCCGCCGCCCCGAAGAUAUUACGGCAUAUGGAGCCAAGUUGCCUCCCGGUGGCGGCGGUGGGCCAUACGGAAGGAUUGUCUCUGGCUCUUAUGAUCAGAGCAUUAUCAUUUGGCGCCGAGAUCGAGAAGGUGCUUGGAAAAGUGCACAUAUUCUUCGACAAGAAGAGGGUGCUGCAUCAGCUUUGAGACAGGGCUCAUCUGUGACCCAUCGACCAUCUCCAGGGAUUGCGGAUGCCAUGAAUACUGCAAAUCACUCAACAGAUCAGGCAAUUACAAACCGACCGCCUAGCCAGCCGACCAGUGGAACUUCAGCCCUGCACCGAGCACCACCUACGUACACUCAAGUUGACCAUCCCAUCCACGCCACCAUCACCCCUCAAACCACAGCAUCCUACACUCAAAUGAUCGACAGCGCCGUACCACAGGGACCUGCUGCUCUACUCGCGGCCCUAACCUCAUAUCCUACAAUGCUAACUUAUAAUUCACAUAUCCAAGCAGCCAUCGAUCGCGAGCCCGAUCCAAUGGUGCGUUCACAGUUACGACAAGUAGUCAGCACCAGUCUCGUCAGAGCGCAAAUCGCACAAAAUAGGAUGCGGGAAUCUAUGCAGCAAGCCUUGACGGCAGAGGCUUCAUCGUCCCACAUGCCUAGUUCGAGUUCUCAAGCCGUACAUAUGGCACCUUCGCGGCCAAGUCAGCCACUAAGUCUAUCACAACUAUUGAAUGGAGACCCCCCAGGCCCGUCCACCUCAGUCCAAGGAACGACUUCCAGUACUACUGCUAGCGGUGGCCCGCCGCCUGCCACAACAUCCAGCACACACCCGCACCAUUCCCACCAUACUCACCAUGCUAUUUCGCAGCAGCCAGCCUCGCAAUCCUAUGCAAUGCAUGUACUACAUCAAUUGCAAUCUGGGCCUAUGUCACACGGGGAAACACGAGAUCAGGGCCAGGGGCAAUCGCAAGGACAGCCACAUACCCAAACACCGCAGUUUCUUCCGUAUCCUCACGCUACUAACGCACCAAGCAACCAUUCGACACAUGCGCAACCAGCGGAUACAAGUCCGGCCAGGAUCUUCAAGCUACAAUUUGACGCACGAAGGAUUAUUUGUUGCAGUCAAGUUAGUACCAUUGUAGGAUGGGACUUCUGUAACGGAGAAGCCGACCUGGAAGAGGUCGCGAGGUUCUUUGGGACCGUCGAGUAG